AAUCAUCAAACUGCCUUUUUGUUUUCUUCUUUGCCUAGCUUUAACUGGUUUAGCAGCUCUUAGCAAACAGGGGCUAUGGAAUGGAAUUUAAAUAUGGAAACUUCAAACUCAAAUUCCCCAAAACGCCCCUCGAAACGCCUCCUAUUUGACCGCCGAUAUGGUUGGGUGUUUGAUGAGUGGAAAGACGCAGCAGAAGAUGCCCUAGCUGGUGGAAGAGCAAUGUUCUGCAUUGUCCCACUUGUUUCCAAAUUUGUAGAUUUUAUUUCAAAAAGCUUGAAGAUUCCAUGCUUGAAUUCACGGUCAAAAAUUGACCUUGCUGCCAGCUCUGCUGUUAAGGUCCUUGAAAAGCCAGACGCGCUUUCACCUGCAGUAGUACAAGCCAAUCUCAAGGACCAACUCCAUAGAAUCAACUCUUCUAUGAAGAAACUGGAGUUUGAUCUAAGUAAGCUUAAAACUAAUGUCAGGCAGGAGUUGCCGUGUUCUCCUAAUCUUGCCUGAAGACAGUCACAAGUAAAUAUCAUGUGCCAACACCUAAUGAAGACGCUGCUGUUUCUGGUUCUGAUGCAGAAAUUCAAUUUCAAAUCCGAGAAUAUGGAUUUGAAUUAUAACACUCGUGUCAAUCUCAGGAUUGAGGGUCAAUAUCUAACUCUUGCUUAUAUAGCAUAUAUUCUAGUCGUAAUACUGGGCAGGCAUCAGGAGGUGCCAUUGUUUGCAACCAUAUUGAGAGUCCAAUUUGCAGUUCUUUACUAACUUGCUUGUCAAAAAUCAAAAUAACUAUACUGCAGUGCUGGAUGAUAAGCAUUUUCUAGUUUCUUGCCAAAGUGGUUUCAGAGUUCAAUCUUUGUAUGAAAAAACAAAAACGAAUCAAUGAUUACCCACUCAUUCUAGUA